ACAACUUUCUCUUUUUUUCAAUCAAAAGUAGUAUUCCUGAAGAUGGCUGAUGCCUUUGUGUCAUUUGCAGUUCAAAAUUUGGGUGAUUUCCUCAUUCAACAAGUUUCCCUGCGUAAAAAUCUGAGAAAGGAAAUUGAGUGGCUGAGAAAUGAGCUACUCUUCAUACAGUCUUUCCUCAAAGAUGCAGAACUAAAGCAAUGUGUAGAUCAUAGAGUUCAACAAUGGGUGUUUGAAAUCAACACUAUUGCUAAUGAUGCUGUCGCUAUACUCGAGACUUACAGCUUUGAGGCUGAUAAAGGUGAUGACGAUGAAUUUGCUAGUCAUCUCAAGGCUUGCGCUUGCAUAUGUAGGAAAGAGAAGAAAUUCUACAAUGUCGCCGAGGAGAUUCAAUCACUCAAGCAGCGAAUCAUAGAUAUCUCUCGCAAGCGAGAAACUUAUGGUAUUACAAAUAUCAAUAAUAAUGCUGGAGAAGGGACAAGUAAUCAGGUUGCAACAUUGAGGAGAACUACCUCAUAUGUGGAUGAUCAGGAUUACAUUUUUGUUGGACUUCAGGAUGUUGUACAAAAAUUGCUAGCUGAACUUCUCAAAGCAGAGCCUCGUCGAAGUGUCCUCUCCAUUUAUGGAAUGGGCGGAUUAGGCAAGACCACUCUUGCGAGAAAACUUUACACCAGUCCUGAUAUACUCAAUAGCUUCCCUACACGCGCUUGGAUAUGUGUCUCUCAAGAGUACAACACAAUGGAUCUUCUUAGGAAUAUCAUAAAAUGCAUCCAAGGUCUCACCAAGGAAACUCUAGAUUUGUUGGAAAGGAUGACAGAAGGAGAUCUAGAAAUUUAUCUUCGUGAUCUAUUGAAAGAACGCAAAUACCUUGUAGUGGUUGAUGAUGUAUGGAAGAAAGAAGCAUGGGAGAGUUUGAAGAGAGCAUUCCCGGAUAGCAAGAAUGACAGCAGAGUCAUUAUUACCACGCGCAAAGAGGAUGUCGCUGAAAGAGCAGACGACAGAGGUUUUGUUCAUAAACUUCGUUUCCUAAGUCAAGAAGAAAGUUGGGAUCUCUUUCGUAGGAAACUACUUGAUGUUCGAUCAAUGGUUCCAGAAAUGGAAAGUCUAGCUAAGGAUAUGGUGGAAAAGUGUAGAGGCUUACCUCUUGCAAAUGUUGUAUUGAGCGGACUACUUUCGCCUAAAAAGGGGCUAACCGAAUGGCAAAAGGUGAAAGAUCACCUUUGGAAGAACAUUAAAGAAGAUAAAUCUAUUGAAAUCUCUAACAUACUAUCCUUAAGCUACAAUGAUUUGUCAACUGCGCUCAAGCAGUGUUUUCUCUACUUUGGUAUUUUUCCAGUAAGAUCAAGUGGUCGAGGCUGAUAACAUAAUACGGUUGUGGAUGGCGGAGGGUUUCAUACCCAGAGGAGAAGAAAGAAUGGAGGAUGUCGCUGAAGGCUUCUUGAAUGAACUGAUAAGACGAAGCUUGGUUCAAGUGGCUUAUACAUUUUGGGAAAGACUGUAGGGUUCAUGAUUUACUCCGUGAUCUUGCGAUACAACAUUGGA